CACUGAUGAAUUGUGUGGCAAAACUUAACGAAUAUGGACAAAAGAAAGGCGUUCAGGUGCGUUUCGAGGAUGUGAACGUCACUGCAGGGCCUGAUCAUGUUACAAUGUUUACUGUGCGGGCCACAGUAAAUGGAACAGCGUAUCGAGGAGUUGGUAGGACUAAGAAAGAGGCCAAGGAAAAGGCUGCAUUAAAGGCCCUGGAAUACUUGCAGCGCACAAAGACCAGUGGUUUUCAGAGAACCUCUGUUGCUCCUACCCAACCCAAUUAUCUGUGCUGGCUAAAUGAGCACAGCCAAAAGACCAAAUGCACCUUUACACCUGUCGAGUCAACAAGCGCAGGCUGCAUCAGUAAACCACAAUGCUGUAAGUAUGUGUCUAGCGAUGGGACAUGUUACCCUGAGGCCUAUGGGAAAACAAAGAAGGAGGCCAAAGAGGAAGCUGCCAGGCUGGUUUACCUUAAACACCAGGUUUUGGGAUCAGAAAUCUCACAUGGUGUUGUGACGACUCCGAAGAACAGAAGUGCACCAAGCCCCAUUCAGAAUCUGAAGACGAUGUCACCUGCGCCAAGCAAAGUGAACUUCUUCCAGAGACACAGAGCUCAGCUGGAGACUCGACUAUCGAUCCGUUCUGUGCUGAUCCAACUGGAGGAUUGUGGCAUUGUGGAUGCUGUGGAGAGGGAGACGGUGGAAGUUGAGAAAACCAGCGUUGACAAGAACCGUGCUCUCAUCGUCCUUCUCACUCGGAAGGGAGAACGGGCUCAGGAGAAGUUUUAUGAGAUACUCAAGCAAGCCGAUCCCUUUCUUGUGGAAGAUCUUGAAAAACGUGUGUGCAUGUCUACUCCUGGAGCUGAGCUGCUGCUGCUGCUACUGCAGCUGCUGCUAUGGUCCUCCUCAGGCCUGCUUGUGGUGACAGCGGAGAGCGGAGGAGCCCACCACAAAGAUGCUGCUGCCGCCGCCACCCAACAGACCUGCCAGCCGGACAUCCACACUGUGCUGAGAGAGAUGGCCGCCCAGCUGGCAGAGCAGAGGGUGGAGCUCAGGCACGCCAAGACUCAGCUGGAGGCUACGGAGAAGACGGCAGAGGCCAUGGAGGCCAGGCUGAGAGCCAGCGAGGAGACGCUGGAGGAGCAGAGAGGUGUUAUCGGGCAGCUGAGGGAGGCGCAGGGGGAGCAGGCCACUGCUCUGAGGACCGUGGGAGACAGCGUGACACUCAAGGGGAGUCAGGUGGCAGAGCUGAGGAGGAGAUGGAACACAAUGGAACGCGAGAAUGCAACACCAAUCAAAGAUCUCAGGAGUGAUGAUCCACAGAAUUUCGUUGGCGAAAUAAAUCAUUAUUGUCAAAAGCAUACACUGAUAGAUGAUUACAAGCUGGUGGAACGAAGAGGCCAAUCUCACGCACCUGAGUUUGUUUACAAAGUAGUAAUAGAUAACCAUGAGUAUCCAGAAGGCUGUGGCAAGAACAAAACAGAGGCGAAGCAGCAGGCAGCCCAGCUGGCGUGGAAUGCGAUUCAGGAGGCGUCUCAGUCAGGCUGUUUGACUAUUCCAUCAACAUCACAGGCAUCAGAAGUUCCGAUUAGCAUCACCCAACCCAACUACCAGUGCUGGCUCAACGAACACAGCCAUCAGACAGGAGUGAACUUCACACCUGUUGAAGGAGUACAACUGGGCCCAAAUGCUGUGACACAAUUUGUAGAGGACUUUGACUCAGUGCAGCGUAUAGGCAAGGGAGGAUUCGGACAGGUUUUCAAGGCAAGAAAUAAAUGUGAUGAGACAAAUUAUGCUGUGAAGAUCGUAAAGUCUACAGAGAAAGCUUCACGAGAGGUGAAAGCUCUGGCAAAGCUGCAGCACCCACACAUUGUGCGCUACCAUACGUCUUGGAUUGAGAAGACGGCAUACAGACAUGAGGACUCUGACAGUUCCAACACGUCCAUGUCAGGAAGCGACCCUGCCAUGGAGUACCUCUACAUCAAGAUGGAGUGGUGCGAGGGUAACACUCUCGCCACGUGGAUCGAUGAGAAGAACAGACAACAGGACCCACACAGGCGGCAGGCGGCCCAAGACAUCGUCACACAGAUUGUGGACGCAGUAGUCUACAUUCACUCUAAAGGCCUCAUCCACCGUGACUUGAAACCUGCAAACAUCAUGUUUGGAAAAGACCGUAAGACCGUCAAGAUAGGCGACUUUGGGCUCGUGACUGUUGCAGACAAUGAUGAUGAGGACACAAUGAUGGAGCGGACAAAGCGCACUGGCACAAAGUCUUACAUGAGCCCCGAACAGAAUCAGUCCAAGUAUGAUCACAAAGUGGACAUCUUUGCUUUGGGGCUCAUCUAUUUCGAGCUCAUUUGGUUUAUGCACACAAAGACUGAAAGGAGAAAGAUUUGGGAUGAUAUUAAAGAACAGAAUUUUCCAAAGGAAUUCAGUGAUGAGUUUCGCUUUGAACACGAGCUAAUCAAGGAAAUGCUGUGUGAUAAACCUGCGGGCAGGCCUGAUGCCAAAGACCUGGCCCCCAAACUGGAGAAGUUUACAUCCGUCACAGACUAGAAUGGCAAUAUCGAGUCAAGUGUACUUUAUUGUCAAAAAUUUAGACUGGUUAGCACAGAAGUUUGAAAUUGCGUUUGACCAGUUUCCAAUGUGAAGUUAACACAGAGACGGUUUAGGUAGAAUGAGACAUGACAGUGAUGUAAGCGUCCAUAGAAAUUAACGGUGAAGAUUCGUAACGCAAAUACUCUGGCGGAUAUCCGGGCACUCACAUCCGGCAGCCUACUCACAUUGGGUUGCUACAACCACCAUCAUCAACAGCUCUCUGACAUCAGGGGUGGUGGUGCCUACAAACUUAAAGACCCCUUGUAGAGUGACCUUGGGUUCCAUAGAAGGCACUAUAUAAAACCAAGUUAUUAUUAAUGCCUAUUUUUCAAUGUGAACCAAAUUGAAGUAUGGUUUUAAUGUCACCUCAGUGUGGAUAUUGACUAUUGACUGAUAAUUGGUCAGAAUGUAUUUUUGGAAAUUGGUACCAGACAGUUCAACAUGUGUAAGAAACAUUAUUCAAAGCUAUGUUUACGGUGGGACUUCAAUCGUUCAAUAAUGAAUAAUUAAUCAAAAUGUGAAUUUAAUCACAGUUUGCAUUCUAGGUCACAUACAUUGCAAAUCAUAUAAAAAAAGAACUGAUAUACUACUCAACAUGUCAGCCAGUACCAUGAAAAUGCAAUGCAAGUUGCAGCAAGCACAGGAAAUGCUGGGGCUGUUGGUAGUAGCAGAGCUGGAGUUUUUUUUAGCCUCCUCUGCAUUAAUUCUAGCAUUACAUUACAUUGCACUUAGCUGACGCUUUCAUUUAUCCAAAGGGACUUACAACUAUUAUUUUGGGUAUUGGUUACAGUCCCUGGAGCAAUGCGGGGUUAGGUGCCUUGCUCAAGGGCACUUCAGCUAUGGAUGGAGAUGUGGGGAGAGGUUAGGGGGGAUUUGAACCGGCAACCCCUAGAUUGAAAGACCAACUCUAUAACCACUAGCCCACGGCUGCCCUGGAGUUACUGUAUGCUUCAUAGUUACUGUAUGCUUCCUCGGACCCAAGAAAAAAAGAUCUGGCCAAAUAAAGCUUACAUCCACACGCAAAGGCUAGAUAUGGCUGCAGCCUAGGAGUCCCCAGGGGGGCCCUGAUUGGCUAAAAGGGGAAAAUUGCAGAAUUGUGACAGACUGCAAUAUUGAAAAACAUCAUGCGUUAUGUAGAGUACAGUUGAUAGGCAUGCUAUCCUUCAUUUCUACUUUGUUAUUAUGAUGACUCAAUCUGUCACGAAAUUUGCCUUCAAGGGGGCCCAGCAACUUGUAGCCUAUAGGGGCCUCAGACCAUAUUAAUCCAUUUCUUGACAUUUAACAAUUGUCACACACAAGAAUGCAGAACAUAUUGUUUUGG